AUAUGUUUGCAAAAUUUUUAAUGUUGGUUUGAAAUGUGGAAAAAGGACGUAUUGACUUUUUCUUUCUCUCGUGAGUAUAUUUCAUUGGAGUGCUUUCCUUGGUGGAGUUUGUGCACUGAUGUGGUGUAAGGUAAAUGGAAGCAAAGACUUUUUCCAAGUAAGAUUAGUAUUUAGAGAGUGAAGUUAGUGAAGGGUGGUUCUAUGGAGGUGGUCUCGGCCUUCUUCUUUGGCAUGUGAACUUUGUCAGCUUUUGUUUCAGCUUCCAUGAGCUAAAUGAUCUAUUGAUGUGGCACAGUUUAGUAAGGGCACGCCAAUGCAACGAAAUGCUUUGCCCAAGUAAAGAUUCAUAGUUAGAGAGUGAAGCUAGUAAAUAGUCAGUUUUAAGGAGGGUGGUCUUAGUCUUCUUCCUUUGUAUGUGAACUUUUCAGCUUUUAUUUCAGUUGCCAUGAGUGAAAUUAUAUACUUUUGCGUUUGCUCUCCCCAACCAUUACUGUUUUGUGUCAGACUUGGUGCCACAAUUCUGGUCUCUUGUUAGGUGUUGCAGACUGGAGGCAUUUUUAUCUUGAAGAGGGACAGAGUAAUAAGUUUAUUAUAAGAUUCUUAUUCUUUGUUUUGGAUCUUAUAUAUAUAUAUAUAUAUAUAUAUUCUGCCUCCUGCAAGUUUGGUUUGUUUAUGUGGAUUUGAAGGUUAAAGUCAAAAUUAAAAUUUUAUGGUACAGAAUGGCAGGCAGGCUGAUAUGAUAAUUUGCCCUAGUUGACUUUUAAGAAGGUUCCGUAUGGUCAGCUUUUCCUGUCAAACAUUAUUACUGCUAUUAAUGCACUUAUGCUGAAGCAGAUCUCUCUGGUUAUGAACCUUUUGCAAUCAGGGCACUGAAGCCCACAAACAAAUGACCUCUUGUGCUGAUUUUUAUCUGUUUUUUUAUUUGCCAAGUGUAUUCUAUUCUGAAUUAUGAUUUCAAUGUUUCUCAUAUACAGGCAGAGCCUUCCCCAACUACCAGUACCUUUUCUAUGCCCUUUAUGGUAAAGGGUGUGGCCAAUUCUUCAUUAUCUCCUCCAGGGGAGCAAUCUAAUAGCACACAUGGUGACGGUCAUUCUGGAAGCUUUGAGUUCCAGCUUAACAUACAGUCAGGCUUCUGCUGGUUCAAGGCGACAAGAAUAUGAUACCUGUGGACAAGUUCUAAGACAAUCUGUAGUGCAGCUGUUGGAAUGCUCCCAGUCAGUGAAAGCCGAAGGCUGCGCUUUCUCCGCACAUGAACUGACUCUAACAGUGGCAGAGACACGCCCACCAGCUGAAGCUGCUUGUAGUAACUUGCAAGAGGCUGUUGGUUCAGACCAUGGGCUAACUCUAUUGCAGCUUGACAACAAAGGUUCUUCUGUGUCCGCUGUACCUGAGAAGUUAUCCAAUGAUGGAUAUAACUGGCGAAAAUAUGGGCAGAAACAUGUUAAAGGGUGUGAAUUUCCUCGGAGCUAUUAUAAGUGUACUCAUCCCAAUUGCCAAAUGAAGAAGCAAUUGGAGCGUUCUCAUGAUGGACAAAUUACAGAAGUAAUCUAUAAAGGCCACCAUGAUCAUCUGAAACCUCAACCUAGCCAUAGAGUAGCUAUUGGUGCAAUUCUUGCAGGCUAUGGAGAAGAAAAAACUGAGGGGUUUUCUUCAUUGGUAAAUGCUGAAGAUAAGUUAUUAAAUGCAAAUGGACAAGGAUCUCGUCAUGCGGAUCCCAAUGGUAAUCCUGAGCUUUCUCCUGUCUUAGUAAGUGAUGAUGAUGCCAAUGGAGGUGGUCGUUUGAACAAUACUGGUGAUGAGGGUGCUGAUGGUGAUGAUCCGGAGUCAAAACGCAGGAAGCAGGAUACAAACGUCACUGAUUCCAUGCAGAUUGGCAAAGUUAACCGCGAACCACGUGUUGUGGUUCAAACUGUGAGUGAGGUUGAUAUCUUGGAUGAUGGUUACAGGUGGCGUAAGUACGGGCAGAAAGUAGUUAAAGGAAAUCCUAACCCAAGGAGUUAUUACAAAUGUACAAAUGUUGGGUGCCCUGUAAGGAAACAUGUAGAAAGGGCCUCACAUGAUCCAAAAGCAGUUAUAACAACAUAUGAGGGCAAGCACAACCAUGAUGUACCUGUCUCAAGAAACAGCAGCCAUGACACCAUUGUGGCACCAGCUGAAGAUGGUGCCAACACUCUCAACGGUUGCAUGGCACUAGCUUUGAAUGGUAUGCUAAGGACUUGCGACAUUAAAUCCAUUGGCCAUCACUACAACCAAUCUGAUGAGAUGGACACAAUCAGCCUUGAUUUGAGUGUUGGAAUCAGCCCGAGGCACGGGUCAUCGAAAGAGAAUCAGCAAACUCUGCAACCUGAACAUGCAGAGAGUCAUCAACUUCAAAUUCCCCAGGUUGAUCAGAAAGACUUUUCUACCACUUCUUUCAAUGCAAUCUUCUACCAUAGCUUGCAUGGAUCAAGAGAGAACAAUGGAGAUGGUUUUACUUUCAGUGCUCCUAUCAAUCAUCCUCCAAACCAGUAUUACAGCAAAGCAGGAAAUCUGGUUAUGGGACCUUGAGACUGCCCCUGUCGUUUCUGCAAUUACUUUGUUGCAACUCUCAUACAUCCAAAUAUGACAUGUUGUAAUUGAAAACACAAGUUAUCAGUCAAAAGAAUAGUACAUUGCUGUCAAAACAAAGCAGAGAGCUCUUCAUCUCUAUAAGUGUAAUUAAUUAACUUUGUAAUUCAUCAAUGUAACUUUCUCAUUGAGUUUGA